AUGGCGACGGAUCGUCUUCGACGAAAAGUGCGCUCGGUUUCACCGGAUUCACUCUGGUCGCUAACUCGGAACCUGUGCAUUGUGGGAACGCCUUUGCCGUCGGUUUCGUCUGGGAAACGCGAUCCGAAUGAACUCAAACCGAUAUGGCAACAGGAAGCACGCGAUGCACAGGGCAGACGUCGCUUCCAUGGCGCAUUUACGGGCGGCUGGUCCGCGGGGUACUACAAUACUGUCGGCAGCGAACACGGUUGGACCCCCACAAGUUUCAGGUCCAGCAGGAAGCAUCGUGCCGAGGACAAGAGGAGUACAGUGCAAGACUUUAUGGAUGAGGAGGACUUGGCCGACUGGAAGGCUGCUCAACACGUGACUCGAGCGUCGGAUAACGCUGUUGCAGGCUUGAAUCAGAUUGCUGGUCUGAGAGAGGUGAGUGCCUCGACAAGCGCAGUGGCAGAAGAAGAUGGUGUUGGACUGGCGAGCAACGAAGAGGUGGGUUAUAAGCUGUUGCGGCGUAUGGGAUGGAAGCCAGGACAAGAACUGGGAUGCAAGAGCGGUGCGAAGACGAAAGCGAUGCACAGCGAUUCUUCGCGGACGAUCGGCAGUGGUUGCGCUAUCAAGGUGGACAAUUCAGCGCAUGUGUCUGCUCAAGCACACACGUCCAAAAGAGGUCUGGGCGCACCCGAACAACCGACGCUGCUACAGAUGCUCGAUAAACACGAUAGACCAAAGUGCGCAACUACGACAAGCGUAGACUCGCCAAAAGACGACCGAGCACAUGUAUGGUCAGACGGUCGACCGAUAUUGUCAGGUUUCCAGCUCGCCCGUCAAGCGUCAGCGCCACCGCGCGUCUUGGAGCGUCCACCUCUCCCCGUCGGAUGGCAACCGGACCCCACGCGCAUAUGGAAGCGCUCCACCGCUUCCACCGACGACCCAGCUAGAAAUCUCACACCUGCGUCUCGAGCUCACCUUCUAGGAGAAGCCAAACUCCCCGGUCCACCCCCCAACAUUGCCGCUUUCCUCUCGACCAAAGCUCGCCAACAUCUCGCCUCGUCCAGGAAUCUACCCCUCCCAUCUCCCUGCUCGUCCGAAUCCAAGCCAGAAUUCAUUCAUGUGCCCCACCUCGACCCCUCCACCGCCGCACAAGCGCUCCAAGGAUUUGCGCCUUUUGAUACCAAUCCCGCCAAACACGAGCGAUACCUGACCUACCUCAAGUCUCAAUCCACCUCUUGCUCAACAGACGAACGAUCCAAAUCUCUAGCAGUCCCCACAGAGCUGACGGCAGAACAGUACUCGAAUGAAUUGCACGAAUUUGCCAAGAGCGCCAACAUGUUCCGACCGAUCAGCUCGGCGAUGGCGAGCAGGUUUGCAAAGGCAAGUGAAAGCGUAAUGCAACACGAGACGAGCGCAACUAGCGCACAUGCUGGGCUCAGACAUCCCGCGCCGGCUUCUGCGGUGAGCGAGCGAAAGGACAAGGAGAGGCAGAAUGAGGCAGGUGUGGUGGCGGAAAAGCAGUUGUCGAUAGCUCAGAGCGCAGCCAAGAUGGGGAAUUUCGGACAUCUUACACGCAAGGUCGAAGCAUGGGAGCCGGAGAGAUUGCUUUGCAAACGGCUCGGUGUCACGGAGCCGGCGAUCGCUCGCAGGCGCAAGGACGGCGAGCAACCGACUAGAUCACAGCACAGCUCAGCUGAGAGGCCAGAUCCAAAUAUGCAAGACGACCCAGAUCUAUUUUACGGCUCGACACGAUCGUCCAAGUCCAAAUCGAGCGUUCGUGUGGACCAGCAUUGGGCACGCAGCAAGGACCAGCUGAAAGCGUUAGCUGCCGCUCCAACACCGCUGUCGCUCGACGCGCAAGCCUCGACCGGUCUCUUUGUGCCACAAGCUACCACUCAAGUGGAAGACGCUCUGCAGGAAGACGAGAUCGGUAUGGGCGAUGACGAGCGGCAAGGUGAUGACACAUUGACGUACAUCAAGCCGUCGAUCGACGUGUACAAAGCGAUCUUUGCUUCUGAUGAGGAGACGUCUGAUGUGGAGCAAGGUGGUGCUAGUCGAGAUAAAACAGCGGUGCGACCCAAGAUGCACGACUCGACUGCUGGAUCGGGUGUCAUAUUUCAAGUCAGAUCGAAGCGCAAGGAUGCCGGAGACGAAACGGAGAAGCUUGCUGACACGUCGACGUCGACAGCGGCGCAGACAGAGAAGAAGCGCAAAAAGGACAAGUCGACCAAAAAGAGAUCGCUCUUGACGUUUGAUUUCGACCAAGAUGAUCUUGAUGCGGCUCCCGUGGGUUUCUCGUCCGAGACCAAGACCAAGACCAAGGCUCGAAUGCGAGCUUCCGACAUGUUCUAG